AUGCUCCCUGAGCAUAGCGAGGUCUGUAAUAACGACGAUGAUAAGCUCCCAAAUAAUCAAAACACGGAUUUACCGCGAAAGAAUGCUGUAGUGAAGCAAUCUGCAAGCAAAUCUACCGACGGCGCAUCGACUUCGGGCGUACGAAAAUCUCGUGGGCGCAACUCGAGAUCUUACAUUGCUACACAGCAGGCGAAUGCACGAAGGCGUGAGCGCGAGGAGUGGGAUCGCACGCGUGGUGCAGGGAGCCAUGUUCUUCUGUGGUACGAGGAUUUGCGGAUGAAACGGUCCUCCAAGCUGGACCGUUUUAACUGGGGCGCUUCUGAAGUGGUGCCAGCCCAGGAAGAGGUGCUAGCUCAGACGCAUGAGCCACAGGAGGUGACUGGCAUGGACAGACUCCUAGACUGGGGCAUAUGUGAAUACACGAUCCUCCCGAAGACACUCGGACGUGGUCGUUUCUCCACUGUGUACUUGGCAGUGAAGAACGGGCAACGGUUUGCAGUGAAACAUACCCCUCUCUUUCCCCAUCACGAGCUUGUGGCAACGCGCUUGUUGCGUGAACCAUCGCUGUUGGCUGAGCUUCCGCCGCACCCAAAUCUUGUUGACGUUGUCGAAACGAUUCGUACGCCUGGGCACUUUUACCUUGUUGAAGAGUAUUUGGAUGGGUACGUGACACUUGAGACACUUGUGGCUCGAAUCGGUACAAAGCCUCAGGCCCAGUCGUCGUCAAGCGCUUCGGCACAAAUGCCUGCACCGGGUCCCAUUCUUCCUGCGGACGUAGCAGAAAAGGUGUUUGACCAGCUUAUGAUGGCACUUCGCGCCAUCCACACGCCCCUUCGCGUGUGCCACCGGGACGUGAAGCCGGAGAAUGUCUUGGUGCAUCCGGAGACAUUGCACCUCAAGCUGCUCGACUUUGGUCUGGCAACGCACUUUAGUCGCAGCCAUGCGAAGCUGACGACGUGUUGUGGCAGUCCUGCAUUUCAUUGCCCCGAAAUUGUUACGGCACUCUCGCAACCCCCCGGCACGGUGGCCUACUGGGGCCCCGAGGUUGAUGCAUGGACGUGUGGUAUCACGCUUUUGCGUUGCUUGACUGGCGUGCGAUAUCCUCUUGGAACGUCGCACACAUCGCCAUCGGCGAUGGGAAAUCGCGCCAAAAAAAUGCUGGCAACGAUCCCUGAUUCACAAAUGCGCAAGGAUAUUGCGGCUUUGCUUGACAUCCAUGGCGAGCGUCGCAUGGAGAGUUUCGUACGCAUUGCCGACCGUAUUCAAGAGAAGUUGGCCCUCUCUCAAACGCGAAUUCGACGCGAACUGAAAUGCACGUCUUUUGUGCCCGCACCGCCGCAGCAUGCCAUGGUACUCCCGCUCCUGCUGACGAAGCAAGCCGACUUGAUACAGCCACCUGAUGUGUCAUUACCCAUGGACCGGGAGUAUCCUAUGAUCACCUUGCUCAAUACGUCGCAGCAGCCUAGCAGGCGCGUACUCUCGUUUAUCAAGUACUGCCUCCGCUGUGCAGGCAUCCUGUACUACACAUUACCCGGGCCAGAGCCAAGUGCUGAGCACUCGCGGAGCAGUUCCGGUCUGUCUUGUGUGUUCCAAUGUGUGGUUGAAUUGGCGCAGGAGGAGACUCCAGGUACAUUGUCGCAGAUCAUGCAGACGCUAUGGUCACUAGUAGGCCAACGCACAGAGCCGGAGGAGUUGGUCAAGUUGCCAGCGCGCGCGAUUGAUCCCAGUGCCAGGGAUGAUGCAGUGCGCCCCAGCAGUGGGCCGUCGGGGAAACAGGGGCCGCUCAAGAUGCUCGUUUAUAAUAUGAUCGUAUGCUUUCCCCGCGGUGCCGAUACGCCGCUGCCACAAGAAUGGGAAGCGCCAACGUCCGAGAUGGUAGCAGCCGCCCUGCAGCACCGUCUUGCCACGGCCGUGGUUCCUCCCAGUCCUAAGAUGUCCGCGUGGAGAAGCAACACGGAGGAACCGGACCUGCGCAUUGAUACACAUGUGGAUCGCCUUCCUCCCGCUACGAUCGUGGACUCGCCCCGUUCACGCCGCCACAGUCACUCUCGGACGCCUAGACCCUCGUCGGGUGUGGUGCAUGUCUAUGUAUCCGAUGCACGUGCCUUGCCCUACGUGCGAGGUGCGUUGAGCAACGGAGGUGUUCUGAAGGCGAAUACUGCGAUGAGUCAUUCUCUUGCCACGUCGCCGACGGACAGUGCGCUGGCAUCGCCCCGCAUGCGUUCCGGCUACACGACGCCUGAGGCCAGGAUGGAUUUAAUCGGCCCUCAUGAGCUGGCCACGUCCCUGGAUGCAAUUGAAAGCACGUGUCGUUCAUUGCUCGAGCGGCGAACGACGCCGGGACGUCAGGAUCCCGAUGACGUAUAUGCUAAGCAGCUGUACACGCUGGUUAAGCGCCUGAACCGGCGUUUAGAGCAUUCCUUACAAAGCAAGGACAGUGAGGCGCUGCGUCGGCAGAUGAGCGAGCUCAACUUUCGUGCGCUCGAUGUGCUGGGUCCGGCGCUGGCGCUGGUGAGUGUGCAUGACGGCCCAAUGCAUCCAGAGAAGCCUGCUUCGUCCAAUACAGGCAGCUUGGCAUUAGCUGUGCUUGAGCGGUUCAGUGCCUGCAGCAGUGCCAAAGAGAUGUGUUUGGGCUUCCAGGAGCAGAUUGAGCGCUUAGGGCUUGCAUGGCGUACGCGCGAGGAUGCCGCUGGCUCGCCUGCUGUGGAUGCUGCCACGGUGCUUGCGCGCGAUGGAGCGAUGCUGGUGCAGGCGGUACUUGGCCAGCUGCAGCGGCUCGUCAACCUGCUCCCGGCAGUACACACACGGCGCCCCAAGGCUCUGUUGGACUCGGUGCUCGGCCUCCUUUCACCGGGCGUGUAUCAAGAUGCCAUUGCGGAUGCGCUCGGUACGCUUGAGGAAAUCGAUGUGGUGGAAGAGCUGGCGACACAGGCUGCCGUCGUGUUGUGUGAGCUCGUCCUUGGUCUCGAAUCUUUGGCGCAGCAGAUUGAAGGCGACGACCGACCGAGCAUCGAGCAGGUCCUAGUGGACAACCUGUAUGCGCUCACCCCGUUCCUGCCACGCGCGACUGGACAUAUGCAGAACAACGAGGGGAUGCUUCUCUGUGAGCAGUCAUACAGCUCGGAGGGCGUGUCGAAACGCAUUACCGUGUGGAACAUUGUGCGCAAAACAUACGACCAGCUGCACCUCGACAUGGGGGCACGCUGCCUCGGUCCGGCGGAUGUAUCGCGCCCCGCGCGCGAGACGCUCGCAGUGUCGCAUCCCGAGCAAGACUUUGUGCUGCUAGUGCACCAGCUGGCGUACGAGAGUCUGAUGGCGCAUAUCAAGGACCGCACGCGCGACCGCUUGCGUGUCGCAACACAGUCACGCCAGGUGCUUGCCGAGCCGCGCCGCUGGAGCGCCGACACGGCGCGCGAGCUGCUCGGGCGCUUAUCGCAUGUCCUGCCGGGGGCUCUGCUGCCUGGCUUGUGCCCGCUGGAUGUGCCUGCGUCAGAGCACACACUCGCACGCACGCAGGACUUGGGGCUGUGUGAUGCACUUGUCACGUUUGUACAGUGGGCCACCGAUGCGCUGCCGUCAGAAACGCGCGCGCGCCAGGUGCUCGACGACGAGUGCGUGACGUAUGUGGUGCGCGGCAUGGCGCUGAUCGCAAAUUAUGCGCCUGUAGCGCGCCUCCGUGCGCGCGCAUUUGCAGUUGCGACGCGGCUUGUGCGAGACCACAGCUCCGACGAAGCGACGCUGCGCCUGAUCCGCGAGAUGAUGGCGCCCGAGGCACCUGCACCGCUGCGUGGGUCGACGGUGCAUCUCGUGCGCGAAGUGUGUGCGGCGCGCAUUGAGCGGCUUGACUCGGGGCACGUCCCCAAAGACGAGUUGCUUUCGGAUGGGCGCCUGUGGCGCGCUUGGAAUAAGGCCCUAUUCCUUCUGCCGCACUCGCGUCCAGUGCCACCAGCGCCGGACGACGCAGCGGCUGCAAAUGCCCUCGACGAGCUGGCAAUGUACCUGGUGCAGCAUCAAACCUAUCUGCAGGAAUGUUGCUCGCUCUUCUACUUUGUCGCGGUGCGAGAUGCGUCCCACAAUUACACGGGUCUGCGUGAGGAGCGGGAAUAUGCCCGCCUGUAUGAGCGGUUUGUACUACCGCUCUCUACGUGGGUGGCCGACUGGCAAGCCUACGUGGCGAAGCAGGCGCCGCAGAACCCCGUCGCGAGCUCGCUCGCACUCCUUGAGAUGGGCAUCCGGCGCAUCCAAGACUGUAGUGACUAA